AUGACCUGCCCCCGAGUCCACCGCCAGUUUCGGCAGCCGGGGUCGGGCGCGCUGCCGCCGCUCCUGUGGACGUUUCCGGGCUCGGGAAACACCUGGCUGCGGCUGCUGCUCGACUUUGCCACGGGCACCUACACGGGCUCCGUCUACUCGGACGUCUCGCUGCUUCCGCUGCUGCCGGGGGAGGGCACUUGCGACUCGCGCGCGCUCGCGGUCAAGGCGCACCCGACCAACGCGAGCCGGGCUUCCGGCUCAACGUGA